AUGAAGACAUUACUUGCGAAAUUUGGAAUGGUGGGAGAUUCUAGGGUCAAGGUUCCAAUGACAUUCAGAACGAAGCUUACACCAUCCUUGGACAAGCCAACAUCUGAUAUGACUCUUUAUCGACAAAUGAUUGGAUCUUUAAUGUUUCAGGUGAAUCCACGUGAACCACAUAUGACUGCAGUGAAGAGUAUUCUUCAUUACCUGAAAAGAACCACAUCUCUCGGAAUCUGGUACCCUUCUAACUCCGGAUUCUUCGUACAAGUGUAUUCUGAUGUUGAUCUUGGUAGAUGCGGUCUUGAUCGUAAAAGUACAACCGGAGGAUGUCAGUUUCUGGAUGGCAAACUAGUUAGUCGGCAAUCUAAGAAACAAACAUGUGUCUCCUUAUACACUGUUAAAGCUAAGUAUAUCGCUACUGCAUCAUGUACUUCACAAGUUGUUUGGAUUCAAAGUCAGCUUAGAGAUUACGGGAUCAAUAUGAAGAGGAUUCCAUUAUACUGUGCAAUUGAUUUGUCAUAA